AUGUACACUCCUCCUCCUCCCAAUUCAAAGAUCAUCAUUGUGGGUGGUGGUACAUUUGGCUUGUCCACGGCAUAUGCAUUAUCCCAAAAAAACAAAUACGACAUCUGGGUUUUUGAUCGACAGGAAAUUCCUUCACCUGAUGCUGCCUCUACAGAUAUCAACAAGAUUGUUCGCAUGGAUUAUGGCGAUGAACCCAUGUACAUGAAGCUUACAUUGGAAACCUUCCCACUAUGGCGUCAAUGGAAUGAGGAACGAGCAGCCAAGGGAGAGAGCCCAGUAUACCAUGAAACGGGUGUCUUGAUGAUGUCCCAAAACGGCAAGUUUACAAACUACGAAUUGACGAGCAUGAAGCAUAUUCGAGAGGCUGGUUAUGGUCAUGUCAUUGAAGAGCUGCAAACCCCAGAAAGCAUUACAAGCCGUUUCCCAGUGUUUAAGGAUGCUGUAUCGAAAGGAUUCGAUAUCGCUUACCUCAACAAGAUGGGUGGUUGGUGUAACUCAAGUGAAGCCAUCAAGCAUUGCUAUAAUAAAUGCGUCGAGAACGGGGUCCACUUUGUCAUUGGCGAUAUGAAGGGCUCAUUUGAGGAAGUGUGCUGUGAAGCAGCAGGUGGCAAAGUGGUCGGCAUUCGCACCAAGGAUAACCAAGUGCAUUCAUGCGAUUUAUUAAUCAUGGCAACGGGUGCCUGGACUCCUGGAUUAGUGGAUGUGGGUGAUCGUGUGAUUGCAACGGCACAAACAGUUGUCCAAAUCAAGCUUCCCGAGCCCCUUCGUAAAGCGUAUGGUGAUCAGCCUGGUGUUUGGUGUGCCGAUUUAUCAACCACGGGCUAUUAUGGAUUUGCUCCCAAUGAAGAUGGUAUUAUCAAAGUGGGUCAUCAUUCGCGUGGUUAUUUAAAUUUGCGUGACAAGGACCUUGUUUCGGUGCCUCGUACUCAAGUCACCAAUCCAAAUGAUACCAUCCCCAUAAAGUCGUUGCGUGGCAUUCGGCAAUUCUUGGGCAGCUUUUUCCCAUUCACCGCCAGUUUGGAUAUCGUGCGUGCAAGGAAUUGCUGGUAUUGCGACUCGGUGGAUGGUCAUUAUUUAAUCGCCCCACAUCCAGAAUACCAAAAUUUGAUCGUUGCUACAGGUGAUUCUGGCCAUGGUGCGAAAAUGCUCCCCAUCAUUGGCUAUAAGAUUUGUGAUGUGAUUGAUGGUAUCGACACUGAAUACACUCGAGCAUGGGCAUGGCGUGACAUGGGUGGGGACGCUAAGGAUGGUGCAUUUGAUAACCUUCGUGCCUCAAUGGCUAAUCAAGAACAGCUUCAAUUAAACACCGAGGACGCUCAAACAAGAAUGGCCACUCUGGAAGAAUUACAAGCAAAUCUACCUCGUUUGUGA